GGAUGUGGGAUGGAAAACAUUUUUCUUCCUCUUGUUUUAAUUAAAUUUACAAACGAAUGAACGAAAACAAAAAAACUUGCAGCUCCAUAAACAAGCCGAUCAGCAUAUUUGCGUACAGCAGCAUCGGCAGCGACAGCAGUUCCCGCGUGCCACCUCGCAACGCGUUGUCCCGGCGCCGGUCGGACACCAGCGGUGCCAAAACAGCCGGGUCGGCGAAAUCGACGGCUCUCGACUGCCAAAGGAAGCCAGGGUCGAAAAACUCGGGUCUGGACCGACGGGCGAGCCUGGCCGAGGACAAAUCGUCGAUUGGCCGCUGCAACGGGGAAAUCUGCUCGUCCCCUGCCGGCCUUGGUAGCGAAAAGGUGCCGGACUGCUCUGCCCAUGACGAUGCCACUGCAGCAAAGACGGAAACUCAACAGUCCAGCGAGACGGAAUCGGCAAGGAGCGCCAACAAGUCGGACGACGAGUCGAAAAUCGAUGACGACAAGGACGACAGCCCGCCCUCGCCGUCGACGCUACAGUGGGGCCGAGCUGUCGCUGAAGUCAAGGAGCAGGCGGUGGCCAAGCUCCAGGAGGAGCUCCGUCGCGCCCACGAGGAGCUCAAGCUCAAGGACGAGGAGGUGGCUCGGCUGUCGCGGAUCCGGCAGGACGUCGAGGCCGAGCUCGAGGAACUCACUGCCAGUCUGUUUCAGGAGGCACACAACAUGGUGCGCGAGGCGAACCAGCGACAAGCCACGGCGGAGCGCCUCCUGGAGGAGAGCCGCAUGAAGGCCGAGGUUUUGGCGGCCGAGGUGUUGGCCCUUAAAACCCUCGUGCUCACGUCAACGCCAGCGAGACCGAAUCCCCACCUUCAUCCACAGAUCACUUGCAACGGAGGAGGAGGUGGCUUGGAGGACAACCACAACCAUCACACCCAGUCGAGUGGGAUAUUCGCCAAGAAGCACCGGCGCUCGCCCUCGCACUUCAAUCUCAAGUACGGGAGGGAGAACUCGCCGCCCGACUCGCCCCAGAAGGAGAACAGGCCGUCGCUGCCCUACGAGCAGAACUCCAGAGACGCCUACGAGAGGGACCUGGAUCGGGACAGGGAGAGGGACGGCGACAGGGACAAGAAGAGGGAGAGGGAGCGCGACAAAGACAGCAAGGAUCUCGGUCUGGAGGUCGACCCACGGGUGCACAGCGAGUUCAUCAGGUGGAAGGUCAGUCCGUGCGUCGACAGGAGCGACCCCUUUGUCGCGAGGAUUUUCCGGGAGGACAUUGACUUGUGCCUCGACUUUCCGAAUGCCGAGCUCGGCGCCAAGGUCCGACAGGCUGUGCUCGACGGCAUCAUCUUCGUCGAGGCUGUCAGCGACAAGGCCAAGCUUGGCUUUCCCAAAAAAUGCGCCUUAUUGGAGGCACCAAGACAGUGCCACUACAGGAUGAGGAUGGGAGACCAGGAAAACCAGUGGCACAGCAUAUCACACAUAUGUCGGAAUAGAAUAACAGCGGUUUGCGAUUUUCUCAACUAUCUCCGAUACAUCGAACGCGGCCUUGUUAAAAGUUCGGUGCACGAUGUGUAUUGGGAAAUCACGCGGCUGCGAAAGGAAAUGGUGCUUGCUCGACUAGGCCUGGCUUGACCGACUUACUUUUAAGAGCUAUAUACUAUUAUCCCAUAAUAUAAUCACUAUACAACGCAGGCGAGAGAAGGGACAGAGAAAUUUACUGUACUAUCGCCGUAAAUGCUGUAUGACUUUGGUACGGUAUAAAGGAAAAUACAAGUAUAUCCUAUGUAAGGAAGAAGAAAACGAGAAAAUAGUAUACGUUUUUAUGAAAAUUUUAAAAGUAAAAAGGUGCAGGUGCAUUUCGUAAGGAUAUGAAGGCCUCGAGGUGCACGUAAAUGUCUAUACGAUAGCGAUAAAAUGCAUGCAGUUCAACUGUAUUUGAUAAAAACAAAAAAGUGUGUCAAAUUAUACAAAGAAUGCCAAACAAGUUUUUUUUUCUUUUUCAAGUGUUAAUCAGGAUCGGAUGCGAUGCUGGUGUACAACUCGUCACAAGUUCCAGACUUCCAACUAGAGUUUAAUAACUACUAUCACGUAUACAUAUGAUAAAUAUAUUAUAUAUAAAAUAGUUAACGUCCGAGACGUCGCCGAUAUCUCUUGUUGAUAUUAUGUCAAGAGCGUUUAGAGUCUUUUUAUAUGUAAACUUAUAACGAAAUAACUAUACGACGUGAUCAUAAGUUUUUGUUAGAUAAUCGUGUCUUUUUUCGAUUUCUACUAAAAAAAUUAUAUAUAUAAAAAUAUACGUAUACAUAUAUUUUUGUCUCGAUGGGAGAGAAUCUCAAA